UUGUUGUCGUGGAUUUUAAUAUUUCUCAAAAUAGUGCCAUUUAUUGGACUUAAAGAAAAUAUUAUUCAUUAAUAUUAAACUCGAAAAUGUUAAAACUUUUGCCGCCGGAUACGAGCAAAUUUCAUAAUUUCAAAUGUGGAGAAAUAUUUUGUCUCAGCUCCAAUAGCUACAAUGUGGCGUGCUGUUUAUGCGGAGCGAACGUAGCGUUUGAUCAAUUUCCACAACAUUUUCAAGAAGAACACUUAACGCCCAAACCCGAAAAAGUGGAAAAACCAACCUUAGAUACAAGUACAAGUGAUAGCAUUAAAAUUGAUGUAGAUCCCAUCAAAAGCGAAGAAGAAUAUCUUAGUGACCACGGUGAAGGUUCAGUCGGUUAUGAAGCUCCAGAUUCGGAACCUGAAGAAGUAGUUGAUGAAAAGCCUUUCGACUUUGUCGACUUACAAAAUCUAGGAGUAAACAUAGUUGAACCGGAAAACAAACGCAAAAAGAAAAAAAUUGAAGAUGUUGACGACAUCAGUGACACUAAGUCGUUGGAGGAUAAGAGUGAUGUCGAAGAUGAAGAUUGGCGACCUCAAGAUUCGUCGGGCGACGAGAAGCCAAAACCGCAAGAUGACAUUGAUUCACUUCCUUAUCCAUGUCCAGACUGUAUGCGUUCGUAUAAAACCAAACGCAGCAUGCUAACGCAUCAUCGACAAACACAUAAUCCAAAAACAAAAAAAUCGAAAGAGCCAAAGUUGAAUUUCAAAUGCGAUGAAUGUGGCGAAUGCUUUAAAGCUGAAAGAAAUCUACGUGCCCACAAGUGGAAGCAUACUGGCAUAAUAUGUGAUAUUUGUGGAAAAAAAUUUUCUCAAACUGGUAACCUGCAACGACAUAAAAUACGUCACACCGGCAUAAAGGCACACAAAUGUCAGGAGUGCGGCAAUGACUUCUUCACUGAUAAAGAGCUGAAGGCACACAUGUUGCGACAUACCGGCGAGAGGCCGGUUGUUUGUGAGAUAUGCGGAAAACGGUGUCGUGAUCAUGGCGUAUACAAAGCGCAUAUGCGGCGGCACACAGGCGAACGACCAGCAAAAUGCGAAGUUUGCGGUAAAGCUUUUUACAGUUUCCACGAUUUAAAUGUGCACGCGGUGACACACAGUACCGAACGACCAUUUGCAUGUGACAUGUGCGGCUCAACGUUCCAGCGAAAGAAAUCGCUACGCGUACACAAAAAAUUACAUUCUAAAGAUCGGAAGCAUGAAUGCAAAGUUUGUGGUAAAACAUUCGCGCAAUCCGGUGGAUUGAAUGCGCAUAUGCGAACCCACGAUGCCGCAUUAAGUAGGAGCAUUGUAGGCAAUACCUCCGCCAGUAUUAGCGCUAUACCUGGUCCCAUUGUUGCAGAUGGUGUUGGUGUUGGUGUGAAUGUUGGCGUUGGUGGCACUAAUGUCAAUAUGGGCCUUGCUAGCGGUGUUGGUGUGGCACUUGGUACGGUAGUCGAUCCAGUUAACUCAAUAGGGGAGGCACUGUUGGGUGUGACUGGUGUGCUGAGUGGGACCGGCUCAACAAUAGAUACUGUCAACAAUUAGAUUUAUGGAAAAUUUACUACAAUAAUACUGGUACACACAAAUAUGUUUGUGUAUGUUUUGGGUAUAAUUUUAAAAUUUACAUUUUUAUGCUAGUGUAAGACUAUCCCUCUUUAAGAAAUGCGUGUGCAAUUAACUGUAACACGCGUCCGUUUAAAAUAAAUCAAGUAUUCUGACAUACAUA